AGUCAAUUGAGGCUUUUGAUAAACACGACUCGAAACACGAUCCCCGCAGAUCUUGCAACUUAGUACAGCUAAAUAUGAACAAGGACCUGCUCGAUGGCCGACUGCUGUUCGCGAUUCCAAAAAAAGGACGGUUGCACGAGAAAUGUCUCGAGUUACUCUCCGGCGCCGACAUCCAAUUCCGGAGAGCCAACAGGCUUGACGUCUGCCUAGUGAUGAAUCACCCCAUAGCUCUCGUGUUCCUUCCAGCAUCAGACAUACCAUCAUUCGUCGGGAAUGGAGAUGUUGACCUUGGCAUAACGGGCCACGAUGUUAUCCUUGAAGCUAAGAUGCAAGAUCGGGUCACGGAGAUUCAUCGGCUGGGGUUCGGAAAGUGCGCUUUGCAAGUGCAAACACUAGAGAAUGGGCCGUUCAAUUCAGUCGAAGAUCUUGCCGGAAAACGUGUGGUUACAAGUUUUGAUGUCAUUGCAGGGGCGUAUUUUGCCAAGAUCGAUGAGCGAUUGAACCUCACUGGGGAUAACAAAACCAAGAUCCAGUAUGUGGGAGGGAGUGUAGAAGCAGCUUGUGCUCUUGGACUCGCGGAUGGUAUAGUUGAUCUUGUCGAGUCUGGAGAUACGAUGCGAGCAGCCGGUCUGCAUGCCAUCGCGACAAUACUCCAAACGGAGGCAGUACUCAUAAAAUCAAACGUUCCCCAUCGCGCCCAUCAUGCACCUUUGAUCGAUCUCAUCGCGAGCCGAAUAGCCGGAGUCGUGGCUGCUGGAAAAUAUGUUGUUUGUGAAUAUAAUAUUCGUAGGCAAUCGGUAUCUCAGGCAACAGCUAUUACACCUGGAAGAAGAGCACCCACCAUCAGUCCUCUCGAAGAGGAAGGUUGGGUCGCGAUUAGUAGUAUGGUUGAGAAGAAGACCAUUGCGAAUACCAUGGACCAACUGGUGAAAAUUGGCGCAGAGGAUAUAAUGGUCUUUAAUCUGGAUAAUUGCAGGGUAUGAGAGCGUCAGUAUCGGUAUAGAUUCGUUGCUUUAGAGCGGUUCCUGGGCCAACAAUGACAUAUACAGAUCUGAUUCUCCACAUUUUAACGUAUCCAUCCACACAACUGUAAGUACUUCAAGUUGAUCAAGUACUUGAUAGGAUUGCCAUGUCACGGUUCCUGUCGCUAUCUAUCGCGUAGACACACUUUAUAACAUGCAUAAUGACA